AUGUCAGCCAUACGGCGGAAAUUUGGGGAGGACUACCAGGUGGUAAACACCAACCGGGGCAUGACUUUUUCCGCCCCGGUGAAGAGAAAGAGACAGCGGUUCGUGGAGAAGAACGGCCGCUGCAAUGUCCAGCACGGUAACCUUGGCGGGGAGACCAGUCGGUACAUCUCCGAUCUCUUCACCACGCUGGUGGACCUCAAGUGGCGCUGGAACCUGCUCAUCUUCAUCCUCACCUACACGGUCGCGUGGCUUGUCAUGGCUUCAAUGUGGUGGGUGAUCGCCUACAUCCGCGGCGACCUGAGCCACGGCGGCCACGACUCGUCCUACACCCCGUGCGUCGCCAACGUGUACAACUUUCCCUCCGCGUUCCUGUUUUUCAUCGAGACAGAGGCGACCAUCGGCUACGGCUACCGCUACAUCACGGAGAAGUGCCCCGAGGGUAUCAUCCUCUUCCUCUUCCAGUCGCUGCUGGGGUCCAUCGUGGACGCCUUCCUCAUCGGCUGCAUGUUCAUCAAGAUGUCGCAGCCCAAGAAGCGCGCGGAGACGCUGAUGUUCAGCCAGGACGCGGUCAUCUCGCAGCGGGACGGGAAGUUGUGUCUCAUGUUCCGAGUGGGAAACCUGCGCAACAGCCAUAUGGUGUCCGCGCAGAUUAGGUGCAAGCUCAUCAAGUCCCGGCAGACCCCAGAGGGUGAGUUCCUGCCCCUGGACCAGUGUGAACUGGACGUGGGUUUUGGGACUGGGGCGGACCAGCUCUUCUUGGUGUCGCCUCUAACCAUCUGCCACGAAAUCAACAUCAAGAGCCCAUUCUUCGAUCUGUCGCAGCGCUCUCUCAUGAACGAGCAGUUUGAGAUUGUUGUGAUCCUAGAAGGCAUUGUGGAAACCACUGGUAUGACAUGCCAGGCAAGGACAUCUUACACUGAGGAUGAAGUCUUGUGGGGUCAUCGUUUCCUCCCUGUCAUGUCACUGGAAGAGGGCUUCUUCAGAGUUGACUACUCUCAGUUCCAUAACACCUUUGAGGUCCCUACACCUCCCUACAGUGUCAAAGAGCAGGAGGAGGAGUCUUCGCUGACAUCACCCAACCCUCUGCCUGUUGCACCCACCCCCUCUUCUCCUCUGCUGGGUAACAGUGGCCGUGGAGGCCGAAGGGAAAGGCUCCUGUCAGCUGACUUUGCAGACCAUGUAGAGGACCAAGCCUCUAGGCUGCCCAGAAAACUCCAGCGCAUGAGCUCCACCAAGGAGGAGCACCUCUGGAGGGGGCUGAAGACAGGGCCUGCCUUGCCAGGUGGGAAAGCCUCCAGCACAGGAGACCUGCCGCUUAGUAUUCAGAGGCUGAGGUCCAGCUCCAUCCCGGCUGCGAGGCAAGGACAGCUAGAGGAGCAGGUCCAGCUGUUGUCCUUGGAUGGAGAUGCCGAAGAGGGAGAGCUGGAGAAACACAGACUACCAGCAGCCAUUAGCACCAUCGCUUCUCUGACCCCAACACCAAUCCAGAUCCCCUUGGUAGGGAGUCGACCGGAGGACAACCUGCCCCCCAAAUUGCGCAGAAUGAAUGCAGACCGCUGA